AAAUCAAGUUCGAGAAAUUUAAACGUCAAAUUUCUUGUCCUCUACUCUCAAAACGUGUCUCAAAUUGCCUAAUUUCUUGGAUGCAGUGCAUAUUUUUGAUACACCUUUGUUAUCAGGUAAUUGUUUAGUCACUCAAAAUUGCAUAAAACGACGUAAUUUCUCGACUAACGGUACCAUUUUCUCGCUGGUAGUUCCAAAAGUAGGGUUAAGUGCGUUCUAUUGCAUUGUGUCAGAGCAAUUGUAUUUAGAAAUAUAAAUUCAUAACGAAUGGCAGCCCAACCAGCUGGAAAUGUAAUUGAACGGGAUGCUGUGCUCCAAGGCACGGAUCUUCAUGCCAUAUUCAAAUUAUGGGAAGAGAAACACUCAACCCCCUUGUUUGAUCCUGUGCAUAUAAUCACAAGAUUGGCUGAACUAUUCGAAGAUGAAACGGAAAUUUAUAUGCGAAAAGACCCGGAUCCAUUCGAUGAACGGCAUCCAUCUAGAACAGAUCCCGACUGUGAGUUGGGUCGCAUGUUGAAGUUGCUUUUCCGAAAAGAUCAUUUCAUGACACGAUUAGUCAAUGACUAUCUACGUGACAACUUUUUCACCCGUCAGAACAUUCAGAAAAGUUCGUACGAUCUAAAUGUGGCUGCUUGUCGACUCAUCUUGGUUAUCAUGCCUGGACUGGAAACGUCUGCCGUAUUCCAGGUGGAGUUCGACAAUCUGAUCCAUCGAUUGUACUCAUGGGCGGAAAAUAGCGAAGAACCACUGCGAAGCUAUGCCACCGGAUUGUUAGCUGCCGCAAUGGAAGUGCAGGACAUUGCAAUCGGUUUUCGUGAACAAAAUUCUCGUUUAGUUACUGUAAUGUUGAAGCGUUUGCAUACGUUGCAAGCGGAAGUGCUCGAAGCGAAAAAAGUGAACGGUGAAGUGGUGUCAGCGCCUCAGAUAAAGAAAGAAGUGAAAACGUCGACCAGUAAAGAAUCGAAUUCCAGUGAAUGUGUUGUGUCCAAUCGUCCGUUCGCACAUUUAGGCGGAGGAUCGGCUCCAAGCAGUCCAGAAUUGACAAGUCCCACGUUGAAUGGUCUAUCGAAAUUCAAAAACACGAUCCACUUGAAUACUCUGUUUCAAAGUGAAAACACCAGCCAAAGUCAAGGUGAAAGCAUAUAUGUGCGGAAUACAAUUCCAAUUUACCCGCCGACCACCGAAACAAAUCAAAUGCUGAUAUUGCGAUACCUCACAUCAAUGGGAGAAUAUCAGGAAUUUUUAGGUCAAGUGUUCGAACACAACGCCAUGCAAAUCAUAUUUCGAUACGUUGAAAAUGUGGACCAGCGAGGGACCUGCAUUGCUUUUGAGGCAUUGAAAUACUUAGCAUCUCUACUGUGCCACAAGAAAUUUUCGUUGGAAUUUAUUUCCCAUGGUGGGCUGGAGCGAUUAAUCAAAGUCACACGGCCGAGCAUUGCAGCAACAGGUGUUUCCAUUGCCCUCUACUAUUUGGCUUAUUGUGAGGAUGCAAUGGAGCGAAUAUGUUCAAUGUCACAGAAAUUUGUGUCCGAAGUAGUACAGUAUGCGUUAUGGUUAUUGGGCUGUUCACAUGAUUCGGGACGCUGUCAUGCAACCAUGUUUUUCGGUUUGGCCUUUCAAUUCAAAAUUAUUUUGGACGAAUUCGACAAUCAGGAUGGUUUACGCAAACUGUACAACGUUAUUUCGGUACUGCCUAUACUCGGCGAUGAACACAGUUUAAACGAGGAUGAAACUUGUGCGGCUAGACAGUUAAUACGACAUGUUUGUGUGGCACUCAAAAAGUACAUGGAAAGCCAUUUGUACUACAAAUAUUCUCAAGUGUCUAGACUCAACACGUUCGCUACGCAAGGAGUUUCGUCCGGUGGUCAAAUGAGUUUCCGGUAUUUCCAGGCGAGUAAACAAACACCGGAAAUGAUUAGCGAACAGGUGCGAACACUGCAGGAAUUACUGCCAGUUCGGGCGAGAUGGGAACCAGUUGAGAAAAUUUUGUACUUGAACGUGAUUCCCCUUCUGUUGCGAAUUAUCGCUUAUGCGUAUGACUGGAAUCAUAGCUGCCGAGGCGAAACAGUACGAGCCGCAUUGGAAGUCUUAAUUAUUUGUUGUGCAAUUCCGAAGGUGCAUCUGGUCUUUUGUGAUCGUAUCAAUCUACCAGAUGAUGCGAGUGCGGCUGGCAUUAACAUAAUUCUUGGCGCAGCUGAAGGCGAAAUAGUGGCUGAUACCGAAGUACAAAAGGCAGCACUUGCAGUUUUGGUUCAUUGUGUCUGCUCACCAACCGUUAAGCCAGUUUUGGUGGGACGCUAUGGCAUUACAAUGGCGAAAAAGAAAAUCGCCAACAAACACUCGGAGGAAAUAAUCAAAAAGAUUUGGGAAUCUGUACGAUCGAACAAUGGAAUCAUUGUGCUUCUGCAGCUGAUGGAAAUCAAAACGCCGAUAACCGAUGCGGAUUGCAUCAGAGGAAUGGCGUGCCGUGCCUUGGCUGGUCUUGCCCGUUCGGAUACAGUUCAACAGAUUAUCGGAAAAUUGCCUCUGUUUACAAAUGGCCAGUUGCAGAGUCUAAUGCGCGACCCAAUAUUGCAAGAGAAACGCACCGAACACGUUCAGUUCCAGAAGUAUGCGUUAGAACUGAUGGAACGCGUUUCGGGUAAAACAAAAACGACCAACGAUUUGGACUCAUCUUUGGCCAACAUACACAAAGCGAAUGUCGUGGCACAGACGAAAAUUCAGUUCAAUGAGCAACAGCUGUUUGAAUUGAUUCACGAACAUUUAUCCGCCAGGGGAAUGCACGAAACUGCUGCUUCAUUACAACGAGAGGCUGGACUGACUACAAAAGUAGUGUCCAACAAAUUGCUGGCGCAUCAUUCACCGUUUUCUUUCCGUUCACCCAGUUCAACGAUGGUGCGGUCACGUGUUCGAAUGAAGCAAUCCGAAUUCAAUGCAGCGCUAAAUGCCGUCGAAUCUUCACCCCAAAUUUCUACCAAAAACGAACAAGAGGAUGUCACACCAGUGAACACUCCAAUCAAGUUAAUCAAAAAAUCAAGUCAGUUCAGUGCAUCGAAUAACAAUCAUUUGAGCAUGAUCCAACAUCAACAACAACAGCAGCAACGAUCACUUCAAAAGCAAAUCUCCGCCGAUGAAUUCGUUAGCGGUACGCCUACUACGUCUCGUCUCAGUCAAAUGGAACAGUUUUCCAAGAACGUAACGCUAGACACAAUCAUCACCGAAUACCUCACCAACCAACAUGCACUGUGUAAGAAUCCCAUGUCCACGUGCCCGCAAUUCGAUUUAUUUGCUCCGCACAAAUGUCCCGAUCCGCGGCCAAACAAAAUGCAUGGACUGUGCUCAAACUUUGCGGGUCGGUACUUCCGUCGACAGGCCGGUUACAAUUCACGUCGGCUGGAUCGUAGACUCGUUCAUUCGCAGUUCUGUAUGGCUAGAACGAUACGAUCGCAAGAUGAUUCGUUCUUUACAUGCUGUGAUUUUACGCCUUGUACAACAAGUGUUAUCGUUGGUCUGCAUAGCGGUGAAGUUAAAGUGUAUAAUAAUGAGAGUGGUGACGAGUACACCUAUCCGUGUCACAGCAGUUAUAUUAAUAAUGUGCAAUGUAGCAAAGAUGGUAGCCUACUACUAACGUCGAGCGCUUGGCGACAACCGUUGUCAGCGGUGUGGAAUAUUGAGAAAAAUCAAUUCACACAGAAGGCAGUAUUUGAGGAGGAGGAAUACUUAGAGUUUAGCAAAGUGAACGAAGAUAAAAUCCUAGGUACCAAUGCUGAGAAUGCAACCAUCUAUGAUGUCCGAACGGGAAAGACAAUUGCUACGUUUGUGCCGACAAUACAAAAUCAAUACACCAAAAACAGAGCUACAUUUUGCCCAUCCGAUGACUUAAUUUUGUCGGACGGUGUCCUGUGGGAUGUGCGUUCUGGGAAAGAGCUCCAUAAAUUCGACAAACUAAAUCAAACACUGUCCGGUGUAUUUCACCCCAACGGAUUGGAAGUGGUAUCGAACACCGAAGUGUGGGACCUACGAACGUUCCAUUUGCUACGAACUGUUCCGGCACUCGACCAGUCGAUCGUUACGUUUUCACCACAGAACGUAAUUUAUGGAAUGUCGUCGGAAACGGAACCGGAAAGCAGUGGCAGCAAUUACGAUUCGAAAUUUAAGACAUUCAAAACAUUGGACAGCUACGACUAUUCGAGCAUUGCAACGGUAGAUGUUAAACGUAACAUUUACGAUCUGAGUGUGAAUAAAUUCGGAAGCCAAAUUGCUCUGGUGGAAAAUCUUGGAAAUGUUGACUCGAUUCAGGAAUCCGUUGUACGCAUUUAUAGCGUCGGACGGAGAAAAAAUAUGGACGACGAUGCGGAAGACGAUGAAAAUGACAUGCCAGAUUCAUCCGAUAGUUCAGACACUGAUACCGGCGGUUUUCGUGGUCUUUCAGUGUUCAACCUCAACGACAAUGGUGAUCAGCGCCGGCGCCGCCGUCGUCGUCGUGACUAUUUGUCCGAUGAUAGCGAAGAUGAGUGGAUUCCACUGUCCAGUGAUGACGACGACAUGAAUGGACCGGAUGAUGACAACGACAAUGAUGAUGCAAAUAUGGGCGAUGAUCGACCGAACGGAGACGGCGACGAGCAAGGUGACAAUAACGAUGACGAUAAUAAUGAUGAUGAUGCGGGAAAUAAUAGUGAUGAUGAUGAUGACGACGACGAUGGAGAUAUAAAUAUGGGAUGGCUAACGGAUUCCGAUUCAAAUUCCGAUUUUAUGUGAAGUUAUUGCCGAGAUUUGUCUUAAAGUUCAUAAACGAAUCUAUGAAUAAAAUUGAUGAAGUCUUAUCAUGAAAUCAAUUUA